GUGGGAAUGUGGAAACCAUUCGUAUCGCGACACGCCUAGGCUUCAUUUGGAGAAGGACAAUAUACCCAUAUGUCGGUCGAGGUGUCAGGCAGCUGGUGUUCAUUGCCAACACUGAAAUUUGAAGAUACCAGAAGUGAAUUUAAUUUAUUUCCCCAAUUUCCCAUGGCUGCUGAAAUGGUGAAAUCAGCGACUUCUGAGAAGUUAAUGGACAUGGACUGGAAUAAGAACAUUGAAAUAUGCGAACUAGUUGCAAAAGAUCAUGGGCAAGCAAAAGAUGUGUUGAAAUGCGUUAAAAAACGACUUGGGCACAAGAAUGCAAACACUCAACUUUUUACUGUAAGGUUGUUGGAGAUGUUGAUGAAUAAUUGUGGAGAACAUAUCCACAGACAAGUGAUUGAUACUGGUCUUCUCCCAAUACUUGUGAAAAUUGUCAAGAGGAAGGUUUACCCAUUUUUUGUUAUCACUUAUAAAGAAAGAAUAUUUCUUCUACUGGAUGCAACACAGACGUCUCUUGGUGGGGCUAAAGGAAGGUUCCCACAGUAUUAUGCUGCCUACUAUGACCUUGUGGCUUCACGGGUACAAUUUCCACUAUUUGAUCGUAUUCAAUCUGCUCAAGAUUCUCAAUCAAAGGAAAUAAAUGAGCAUUCAAAGGAUUUGUCUGCAGAAGUAUCUCAGUCCAAUGGAUCUCAAGAAAUAUGCUCAGACCUUGCUGCAAAAGAACCAAGGUCUGAGCCAGAUAAAAGAAUCAUUCAUAAGGCCACCUGUGUCAUGGAAGUUUUGAAAGAAACUUUGAAUGCCUUGGCUACUAGACACUCAGAGGGGGCUGCUGAUGAGUUCAUUUUGGAUCUUGUUGAGCAGUGUUCUUUUCAGAAGCAGCGAGUCAUGCAUCUUGUGAUGACCUGCCAUGAUGAGAAAGUGAUUGCACAUGCAAUUGAUUUAAAUGAGCAACUUGGUAAAGUUCUAACUCUGCAUGAUUCACUCCUUCCUUCGCGGGCUCCCACUACAAGUUUAUUUAUUAAUGAAGAAGCAGAGGAGAAUGAAGAAUUUCUUCGUAGGGCAUGCAAAGGAAAAGCUCUUGCAGAUGACAAUUUAGAGUUCUUGGGCAGUUCCUUGAGACAUAAUUCUGAUGGAGAUUUCAGGCGGUUUCCUCUACGCCCUCUUUGCAUACAGCCAAUGGAUCAAGAUGACAGACGUCGGCUACUUUAUCACUCGGUUGGCUCCAUACCACCACCUCCAGCCAAACAAAUAGAAAGGGAAAGAUUUUUCAAGGAGAAGCACUUGGAUGUCUCCGGUUUUGUAGGCAAUAUGAGAGGCAUGUCUGUUCACAGUCCUAAUGGAAGCAGCUCCAGGAGUGUGAGCACUGAUUUAAGUAAUACUAGUGGUUUUCAUGAUUAAGUCUAUUCGCAAUCUUUACGUCCUUUUGACCAAAAUGCAAUCCUUGCGUCUGGAACUGCUGGGUGCUUCUAGUGACUGCAUGGACGGUGCGGCCUUCAUCGUGGUGGGAAGCCAUGGUUGCCUGUAUGUUUUGCAGCACUGUUUGAAGUCUGGCUCUCUCUCUCAAUUUCUAUUCUCCAGUUCUUCUAUUCCUUAAUAAGAACAGAAUGGUUAUCUAUGAAAGGUGUUUCUUUUGAAUCUCGAGUGUUUGAAUGAUUUGUUGGAAAUGAUUUUAAUGGCUUAUAUGCUGGAGUGAUCUGUUGCAAUUCUGGAUUCUCCGUUGGUUAUGUAGUAAAAUCUCCUUUAUCGCCCUU